AAAUGCAAUCUGAACCAAUAAGAGAGCGAAUUAGUUGUGUUCUGUCCAAUGACAAAGUGUCUUGUGGCUUCGAGCUUUUCCCGGAGACCCAUCCAGUAUAUCGUAUUCAUUAUUGGAGUUCCAGGAUUUCAAGACGAAGGACAGAAGGAGUGAGUGACCCAGUGGGCUGGUUGGUGUGAGGGGAGAGCAGCAGCUAUGGGUGAAAUGGAGGGCUCCUACAGGGCCAUACAGACCCCUGGCACCCGGCUGGGGGCCCAGUUCAAUGCUGGGAUCAGUACCUUGGAGCCGGGCCAGAGCCUCAGUAAUGCCCUGGGCCCCGGGGGUAGGAGCCCAGGCAGAGGACUACAGCUCAGGGUCCAGGGCCUGGACGACUCCCAGGAGUUUUACGACUUGGAGUCCAGAGCUGACGGACAGACUCUUCUCUCUGAUGUGUUCCGGAGGAGCAACCUAAUGGAGAGUGAUUACUUUGGCCUAGAGUUCCAGAACAUGCAGAUGAGCUGGGUUUGGUUGGAACCCACGAAGCUUGUAGUGAAACAAGUGAAGAGACCCAUGAACACCCUCUUCAGGCUGUCCGUGAAGUUCUUUCCCCCUGACCCUGGUCAGCUGCAGGAAGAGUACACUAGGUACCUGUUCUCCCUGCAGAUGAAGCGAGACCUGCUAGAGGGCAAGUUGAGCUGUACAGAAAACACCGCUUCCCUGCUGGCCUCGCAUCUCCUUCAAUCGGAGAUAGGGGACUAUGACGACCUGGCGGACAGGGACUUCCUGAAGCUGAACAAGCUGCUGCCCAAUCAGGAGAGGAUACAGGAGAGGAUCAUGGAACUGCACUACAGACACCUCGGGCAGACUCCAGCCGACUCAGACUUUCAGGUUCUGGAGAUCGCCCGUAAACUGGAGAUGUACGGCGUCCGUUUCCACCCAGCAGCCGACCGUGAGGGAACGAAGAUCAACCUGGCUGUGGCUCACAUAGGCCUGCAGGUCUUCCAGGGUAACACCAAAAUAAACACCUUCAAUUGGUCCAAGAUCCGAAAACUGAGCUUCAAGAGGAAACGCUUCCUGAUCAAGCUAUACCCAGAGGUUCAUGGGCCUCAUCAGGAUACCCUGGAGUUUCAGAUGGUCAGUCGGGACCAGUGCAAGAUCUUCUGGAAGAAUUGUGUGGAACAUCACUCGUUCUUCCGCCUCUUGGAUCAGCCGCAGCCCAAGUCCAAAGCCAUUCUCUUUAGUAGGGGAUCGUCGUUCAGAUACAGUGGGAGGACCCAGAAGCAACUAGUGGAAUAUGUCAAGGACAGCGGAGCAAGGAGGACACCAUAUCAGAGGAGGAACAGUAAGGUGAGGAUGUCGGCUCGCUCCCUGGCCCUCGAUGUGCCAAAACAGACGUUCUCGUUCAAUGACAGCCUGCGGGCGCCAGGUUCCCCAUCCUCUGCGACCGGGUCCUUCCACUCCAUACAAGUCUCCAGCUCCCCCCCACGUCCGGAGCCCCAGGCACAGUCUAUACAGCCUCCUCCCCAGAGCCAGGCCCAGUCUACACAGCCUCCUCCCCAGAGCCAGGCCCAGUCUACACAGAGCCAGGCCCAGUCUACACAGCCUCCUCCCCAGAGACAGGCCCAGUCUACACAGCUUCCUCCCCAGCAGCAACAGACCCAGCUCCUGCCCCCACAGCUGGCCAGGCCCUCCAGCCCCCCAGCGAAGGAGGACCCCCACAAGGCCACCGACAUCCCCCCAUGUCACCACGCCUUCUCACAAGGGUCCUCUAUGGACAGCCCCCAGCUCUCCCCGUUCAACUCCAAGAGCUCUCCCCUCUGCCUGUCCCCUUCCUUCCAGAUGUCUACGCUGAGUCUCCCUGGGGCAGGCCAGGCUCCCUCGCCCCUACAGAGCCCCAUCCUGAGUGAGGUGGGCACCAACAGGCUAGAGGAGGAGGAGGAGGAGGGCAGGAGGAAGCGAUAUCCCACCGACAAGGCCUACUUCAUUGCCAAAGAGAUUCUAACCACAGAGAGGACCUACCUGAAAGACCUAGAGGUCAUCACAGUGUGGUUCCGCAGCGCGGUGAUCAAAGAGAACGCCAUGCCAGAGGGGCUGAUGACCCUGCUGUUCUCCAACAUCGACCCCAUUUACGAGUUCCACCGGGGGUUCCUCAAGGAGGUCGACCAGAGACUAGCUUUAUGGGAGGGGCGCUCUAACGCUCAUGUGAAGGGAGACUACCAGAGGAUUGGAGACGUCAUGCUGAGGAACAUGUGUGCUCUCAAGGAGUUCACCAACUACCUGCAGAAACAUGACGAGGUGCUCACCGAGCUGGAGAAGGCCACCAAGCGCCUGAAGAAGCUGGAGACGGUGUAUAAGGAGUUUGAGCUUCAGAAGGUGUGUUACCUGCCUCUCAACACGUUCCUGCUGAAGCCCAUCCAGCGCCUCAUGCACUACAAACUGAUCCUAGAGAGACUGUGUAAACACUACAGCCCAGACCACCCCGACCACAACAACUGCAGAGAGGCCCUGAAGGAGGUGGCAGAGAUGACCAAUCAGCUCCAGAGUAGUUUGAUCCGUCUGGAGAACUUCCAGAAGCUGUCCGAGCUCCAGAGAGACCUCAUCGGCAUCGAGAACCUCACUGCGCCUGGCAGGGAGUUCAUUCGAGAGGGUUGUCUGUACAAGCUGACCAAAAAAGGGCUGCAGCAAAGGAUGUUUUUCCUGUUCUCCGACCAGCUCCUGUACACAAGUAAAGGUGUGACGGCCACCAACCAGUUCAAGGUCCAUGGCCAGCUGCCUCUGCACGGCAUGAUCGUGGAAGAGAGUGAGAAUGAGUGGUCUGUUCCUCACUGCUUCACCAUCUACUCUGCCCAGAGGACCAUUGUGGUGGCAGCCAGCUCGAAGGUGGAGAUGGGGAAAUGGAUAGAGGAUCUCAACAUGGCAAUAGAGAUGACCAAGAAAUCUCAGGAGAAAUCAGACCUGUUCCUGGAUCCAGGGCUGUGUGAUCGCUCCAACAGGUCGUCGGAUGAGGUUUCUCUGGAUCAGGAGUCAGAGGAUGACAUGUCGUCGUCCCGUAACUCUCUGGAUAAGCAGACCCAUCACCGUGCCAACAGCACCAUGCAUGUCUGCUGGCAUCGCAACACCAGCGUGUCCAUGUCAGAUCACAGCCUGGCUGUGGAGAACCAGCUCUCAGGUUACCUCCUACGGAAAUUCAAGAACAGCAACGGCUGGCAGAAGCUCUGGGUGGUCUUCACCAACUUCUGUCUGUUCUUUUACAAGACUCACCAGGAUGAUUUCCCGCUGGCCAGCCUCCCGUUGCUAGGUUACACCGUGAGCAGCCCGGGAGAGUCAGACAGCAUCCACAAGGAAUACGUGUUCAAACUGCACUUCAAGUCCCACGUCUAUUUCUUCCGGGCGGAGAGCGAGUAUACAUUCGAGAGAUGGAUGGAGGUGAUUAAGAGUGCGGCCAGUGCUACUGGCAGGAUGAGUCUCCUCAUACCUAAAGGUCCCCUGCAGAUGAAUGGGAACUAACUGCGCUCUUUGAUCUGAUCUACUGCGGCUUAGAAGCUUCUAUCUAAUCUGCGUCCCAAAUGGCACCCAAGGGUCAGGCCUAGAGAGCAAAGGGCUGGGCCCAAUAGACUCUGAGACAAUACUGUAUAAUACCAUCUCUCUCUCUCUCUGUUUCUCCCUCUCUCUCUCUCUCUCUCUCUGUUUCUCCCUCUCUCUCUCUCUCUCUCUCUACGGGUUCUCAUUGGCAUCAUGUUAAAGUGGCACUCAUGUCUUGGAUUUAUUUGGCAGAUAAGGGCUCAGUGAGUGACUGGAAGUUAUUAUAUAUAUUAUAUUAAUUCUCUCCUUAUGGAAUGGUCAACCAUUGUUAUGUGAGAAUCUGUUGAAACAAUGUAUCAGCGGGGGAACAGAGUAACAUUCUAAAUCCAGUAAUUGGAUACGUGGUUCAAGAGAGAAGGAUAUACCAGUGCUAUCACGAUCAACAAGGAUGCUUGAGGACAUCCUGUCAAGGGUGAGUGUACACACUCAGCCAGCUGAGAAAGGGAACUAAAGAGAGACUCAUAACCUUCUCAUGGCAGCCAGUGUAAAACAACUACAUCACAAAACAUAGGAUUGGUUUCCCACACUCGGAUUAAGUCUAGUCCUGGCCUAAAAAAACUAAUUUUUUUUUUUUUAAUGAACAAUCACCUUUUUGAAAUUGUUUUUUUUUUACUCCAGAACUAGACUUAAUCUGUGUCCAGAACUAGACUUAAUCUGUGUCCAGAACUAGAUUUACUCUGUGUCCAGAACUAGACUUCAUCUGUGUCCAGAACUAGACUUAAUCUGUGAACUAGACUUAAUCUGUGUCCAGAACUAGACUUAAUCUGUGUCCAGAACUAGACUUAAUCUGUGUCCAGAACUAGACUUAAUCUGUGUCCAGAACUAGACUUAAUCUGUGUCCAGAACUAGACUUAAUCUGUGUCCAGAACUAGACUUCAUCUGUGUCCAGAACUAGACUUAAUCUGUAUCUGGAAAACCGUUUAUCCAUCAGGUUAUGUUCUAGAGAAGUUUAUACAGCGUUAGUCUAAAGACUGUUGUUUCCUUUUAGCCAGUGAAAGCAUUCUGCGGACGGUCGUUGUCGAGUCUGUAUCGUGUCUGUCUACACGAAGAUACAGGUGUCGAAAGGGAACUGGUAGGUGGAGGAAGGCAGUGAUGAUAUUACGGAGGUGCAGAGCAUGUAGGAUUUAUUUGACUAGGGACUGUGGAAGGGUAACUAGCUGGAGAACAACCUCAGAUACCACGUUUAAAAUAGCUGGACUUGAGGUAGCUCUGGUCCAGGGUGUUGUUUCUACCACUAAGGAAUUAGUGGAGGAAUGAAUGCCCUGGACCAGAGCUCUGGUACAGCAAGAGAGGUAGGGAGGUACCCAGUGAAUGUCCUUUAUUUUUUCAUUGAUAAAAGGAAGAUGGUAUUGUAUGUUGCAAUGAGUUAGGAACACAAGCAGUCAAAUCUCCUUUUUUUUUAGGGUAACUUCUGUAAUAGACUUGGGAGGCAUUAUUCCGUUCUUUUGAGAAUUUCGUAGUUCUCAUUUGUUCUGUUGUCACACGGAGGUAUUAAUGGCCAUGGGAGUUACAUGAAAAAUUGAGUAAAAAACACAAUUCUGUAAGGUACGUUUCCCAUCGAAGUGUUUCAAGGGGUCUAUAUUCAUGUUAAUAAAUGUACAAGUACUUUGUUGGUCCCCGAGAUAAAAUUUUUUUUUUGUUAAUGAAGUUUUCCUGUACUAUCAAUAUGUAGUUCUAUUUUAUUUUUAAUACAUUGACAAUAGUCCAACCUAAUUCUGGCCUAAUUCAUAACCUCAAAUGUUGUUAAAGUCAAACAUACUUAAAGCAUUUAAUUGUUGUGUUAUUGACUUGUUAUUAGUCAGUGUUGGCCAGUUCUACUGUUUGUCUAAUUUCCUAGUUUUGACGACAGUCAGGAAGUCAGGCAGGAAGUCAGGCAGGAAGUCAGGAAGGAAGGUGCUACAUUUGAUUCAUGUUUUGUUUGGCUUGCUGGGCUUGUAUAGUUACUACCAUGUGUUCUGGAUUAUAGUUAGUUUUUUUGUUGUUCAUUUAACAUAGGGAUGACGAUGACCUCGUAAAAUUAAUAUGCAGUGUAUAUCCUAAUAUCUAAAGUCUUUUUAAAGUUACGGAUUCCAUUCUGAUAUGUCGUUAAGGCUGAAGAGCUUGGAUCGGUCCCAAAUUGGGAUCCUAUUCCCUAUGGGCCCUGGUCAAAAGUAGUGCACUUUUUUAAAGGGAAUGAAGGUGCCAUUUGGGACUCCUUCCACUUUAGAAGAUCUGUCGUGGUCUAACUGUCUUGCUGUAUGUAGUGGGCCUUGUGAGUAUUGUGAUUUUAAUAGGCAGGAGAUCAGGAUGUGUAUAUUCUCUAAGUGUCUCGGUGUAGAGCUGAUUUAGGAUGAGUUUUUUUUGUGUUUUUUUCCCUUGUAAAUCGUACGCAUAAGAGGGGAGACCUUCUCCUAGAUGAGCACUCCUACUUUAAGACGCUAGAUGCAUCCCGGCCUCUGUCCGUUCGUCAUCAGAAAGCCCCCCCCCACCCCCCCCCCCCCCCCCCCCCCCCGUUACUGUCUACACAUCAUGGUAUUAUCUUUCUGUCUCCGGAGUGAUAGGGGCCAGUGAGGUGUAAGUCCUGUCAUCUUCCCAUGUUGGACUGGAAUGAAUCACAAUGUUUAGGGCGCACCUCUAUCUCAUCCCUGUGUGUGUGUGUCCCAAAUGGCGCUCUAUUCCUUAUAUAGUGCACUACUCUUGACCAGGACCCAUAGGGAAUAGGGCGCCAUUUUGAGAUGCAUCUAUGAACUACAGGGGGGGGGGGGGGGGGGGGGGCAGCAGCACCACCUCUCUUAACUCCUUUCCCACUUCAUCUCUCUGUGUUCAGGUGUGCUAACCAACCAAGGCCUCACUGGCCCCCGUCUGCUGUUCCAGUCGGAUGUUCUUCCUAUUUAUUGUGUAGCAGCAUGUCAUUGGAGCCCUUCUUGUUCCUGUAUGUUCUGCUUCUUGCUCCUGUUAUUAUUGCAUUGAUAACAAAUAAAGUUGAACAGCUGCAAAACAACA